CGAGUAUUGCAUCUACUAAAUCACAAGUAUUGCAUUUUACAGCUAAAAUCGUAGCCUUUGUUGGUUUCAUAUUUAGCUUUUGAAAGAAGUCAGUUUGUUGGAAUUGCAGGCAAGCGGUUCAAGAACAUCAUGGCGGCCAGAGUUGGAGUGUGUUAUGGAAUGUUAGGGAAUCUGCCCAGCCCGCGCGAGGUCGUAGAGUUGUUAAAGCGCCACAACAUCGGAAAAGUGAGGAUUUUCGAGGCACAUCACGAAGCUCUGAGAGCCCUGGAAAACACAGGCAUAGAAGUAAUAGUGGGAGUGAGGAACGAGGAGCUUGAGAAGAUAGCAGGCAACCAGGCGGCAGCCAACGGGUGGGUGAAGGACAACGUUGGCGCCUUCUACCCGGCGGCCAACAUCAAAUACAUUUCAGUGGGAAACGAGGUGUUGCAUUACGGAAACGAGAAAUAUGUCUCAUAUCUCGUCCCUGCAAUGCGAAACAUUCAGACCGCAGUCCGCAACGCCAAUCUGCACAAGGAUAUAAGGGUGUCCACCACCCACGCCUCAUCUGUGCUGGGGAAUUCUUAUCCGCCUUCGCAGGGAGAGUUCCGCAACGAUCUCAAGAGCACACUCCGCCCCCUGCUGAACUUGUUGGCUGAGAACGGGUCUCCAUUCAUGGCGAAUGUGUACCCUUAUUUCAGCUAUGCCGGCAACAAGGCCCACAUAUCCCUAGACUAUGCGCUCUUCAAGCCCUCUGCCCCGGUGGUCCACGACGAAGGUCGUGAAUACAGGAACUUGUUCGAUGCCAUGGUGGACGCUCUCAUUGCCGCGUGUGAGAGAGCGGGACAUCCAGACCUACCCCUGCUCGUUACAGAGAGUGGGUGGCCCUCUGCGGGAGAUGAUCAUGAUCAUGAGGCCCGGGCGGCCACCGUGGACAACGCCAGGGUCUACAAUAACAACCUCAUCAGGCACGUCUCCUCCAACCAGGGAACGCCCAGGAGACCUGGAAAGCCCAUCCACACCUACGUUUUCUCCUUGUUCAACGAGAAUUUGAAGCCCGGACCAGAGAUCGAGCGCCAUUUCGGCCUCUUCUAUCCCAAUAAAAAUCCAGUUUACCCCGUCAACUUCACUCCCUACUAGGUGUGACGGUAUGGACGUCCUUUCCUAUCACUCACCAAUAAAACACAAGGCCCGAAUUUCUACGCCUUUCUCUGUUGUAAAAAAUUACCACUCCUAAAUAAGUUAAGUGUAUCGCUCUUUCCCUCAUAUAAUCCAUCCUUUCAAUAAUGAGUCCAACUUGACGUAGACUCACUUUACUUUUCUCAGUAUUUAUCUCUCCCAACAUGUAUCGCUGGCUUCAUUUAAACAAUUGUUUGUAUUUUAA